AUGACGAUAAUCACUGAUGGUGACGAAGACGAUGGUGAUGAAGACGAUGGUGAUGAUGACGAUAGUGAUUUCGAUAGUGGUGAUGAUAACGAUGGUGAUCAAGACAAUGGUGAUGAUGACGAUGAUGAUGAAGUCGAUGGAGAUGAAGACAAUGGUGAUGAUGGCGAUGGUGAUGGUGACGAUGGAGAUGAAGACAGUGGUGAUGAAGACAAUGGUGAUGAUGACGAUGACGAUGAUGAUGAAGACGAUGGUGAUGAAGCCAAUGGUGAUGAAGACGAUGGUGAUGAAGACAAUGGUGAUGAAGAAGAUGGUGAUGAAGACGAUGGUGAUGAAGACGAUGGCGAUGAAGACAAAGGUGAUGAAGAAGAUGGUGAUGAAAACGAUGGCGAUGAAGACGAUGAUGAUGACAUUGACGAUGAUGGUGAUGAUGAUGAAGAUGAUGGUGAUGAAGCAGAUGAAGACGAUGGCGAUGAAGACAAAGGUGAUGAAGAAGAUGGUGAUGAAAACGAUGGCGAUGAAGACGAUGGUAAUAAGACAAUGGUGAUGAAGACGAUGGUGAUGAAAAUGAUGGCGUAG